GGUUCUCUCUUUCUCCCUGAUGGCCCAGCAGUUUGCUUAGGGCCCUGUCUGAGGGGGUGAUAUGGAGAAGACCGGCAGCAGCAACUCCUUCCUGCUGGAGACCCUGGAUGCGCUGGGGGAGGAUGAUCUCAAGAGAUUCAAGUACAAGUUGAAAUGGAUCCGGCCAGAGAAGAGAUAUCGAGCCAUCCCCUGGGGCCAGCUGGAGAAAGGGGAUCGCAUGGCUGUUACUGACCUGCUGAUCAGCCACUAUGGGGAGUGCUACGGGGUGAAGGUGACUGUGCAGGUGCUGAGAGACAUCAGCCAGAGACAGCUGGCAGAGAGACUCACCGAGGCCAUUUCAGCUGAUCUUUUAAGACAGAAGCAGAACUCAGACACUCCAAAAGCCCCAGAGCUGGGGGAAGAAGUUGAUUUUAAUCCAGAGCAGGAAUCAGAGACUCGGGGUCACCCAGAACCAGAGGAGAGGGACAUUUCCCAAGAGAGAAGACGAGCCACACAGGGAGUUCUGGAGAAGUUGAACUUGAAGCAAUAUAGAAGCAGGCAGCUCAGACUGAGGGAUCUCCAGGAGAUCAGCCCAGAGAGCAGAGAGACCUGGGCUCCUAUGACAUUAGGGGAUUUACCAUGGCAUUUCCUGAGGAAACUCAUGGCUCUGAAUGGGACGGCCAGAAACACAAGGCUUGUGCAUGAGGCAACUGAUGAUCAAGAGACCAGUGAGGAGCAGGAAGUACAUAUUGAUUACAAUAAUCUUUCUCUGAGUAACAUGGACAGUAGAAAUUCUCUGCACUCCCUCGAUGUUCUGUGUGGUGUUCUGCUUUGCUCAGACAGUUUCCUACAGCAGGAGAUCCUGUCCAAAAUGUCCAUGUGCCAGUUUGCCCUCCCUCUGCUGCUACCCGCCCUCGACACCCCCAAGUGCACCCUACUGCUGUGGGCCAUGAGGGACAUUGUGAGGAAGUGGAGGCCACACUUCCUGGCAGAGAGCAGAGAGUUCAGAGAGGAGAGCCUGGUGCUCAUGUCAAUGCCAACCAUUUCCUUUGUACGGCUGGGGAGCUGCAGCUUCUCCAAGUCCAAACUCCUCAAUGACAUUCUGAGCCUCUCCCAGCAGCCCCACGAUUUCUUCAUCCAUCGCGACAUGGAGUCUGGGAACAUCCCUCGGGAAAUUGCAAAUGGGCUGGUCGAGAUUUCCUGGUAUUUCCCUUCUGGGAAGGCGAGCUCAGAUCUUUUCCCAGAACCCGUUGCAGUUACAAAUCUGCGCGGAGACAUUGAGUCGCACUGGCUGCAGUUCAGCUUUUUAACAGCGGUCUCCUCCGCAGUGUUCAUUGUUACUGAAAGUAUCAACGAGAGACAAUAUGCACUGUUAUCAUCUCUGCAGGGAUCAGCCACUAAAUACCACUUCAUCUUUAACUGCAAGAUUGAGAAACCCGAGGAGACCCUGGGAUUCCUUUAUAAAUUAGAGUCUGUGCUGAAACUAGACAAACUAAGUGUGCUGAUGAGAGAGAACACCCUCAAUCAUGCUCAGUUUGUGGAGAAGCUGCAGUUCACCAUUGCAAGCCCAAUGGAGUCCUCUCUCAAGAGAACCUCCAUUGCAGACACGGCUGUGACAGCACGAGAAUUAGGUAUCCGGGUGGAUGAGGACUGUGAGGAAUGCCAAAGUGCGAGCAAACGGGUGGCAGGAAUCACAGCGGAAAUAAAGGACGUGGCAAAGUACAAGAGGGAAAUGUUGAGGCUCCCGGGAGAUCGGUGCACAAAGUUGGCCAAGGCGGAGAAAGAGCUGUGCCGAAUGCAACGGCAAGGGGACGCCGCCAUUGGGCUCCAGGCAUCUCAGCAAAGAGAGGAAUGGUUGGACUUAUAUACCCAGCAGUAUAAAUAUGAGCUUACUGAUGGGAUGGUCAAGUUUAUUGCUGGGCUAGGAAAACUCUCUCAAGUGGAAACACACUACUUCCUAAAGUGGAUGAAAUACCAUCUGGGUCAUAUUGCUCAGGGCAAUCUCUCCAGCCUGCAGGCAGACUAUAAGGAGAAAUGUCAUACUAGAGGGGAUGAUCCCCAGCAUCAAGCAGAACUGCAUGAACCAAUUUCCUCCAGUCCCUUAGGGGUGGAGCAUUUCAUGCGUGGGUUGGGGCAGUUUUAUGAAGCUGAGUGUGCAAUGAUGAAGGAAGGAAAAAAGCUAAAAACCCAAAGGCAACUCAUUCAUCUCCCAGGCAUAGCAGCUGACCUGAUGCUGGAAGGGUUUCCUCUAGAACUGAUCGAUGGAGAAGUAUCCAACAUCCCACUGCAGUGGGUGACAGAUGUUCUGAUCCAGCUCCAUGCCAAGCUGCGGGGAAGGUCCAGAAUGCUGGUUCUAACGGUGCUGGGAGGGCAGAGCACUGGGAAAUCCACCCUCCUCAACACCAUGUUCGGCCUGCAGUUUGCAGUGAGCAGUGGCCAACGUACACGAGGAGCCUUCAUGUCAGUCAUUAAAGUGGCAGAGAACUUUCGGCAGGAGCUGGGCUGUGAUUUCAUCCUGGUGAUAGACACAGAAGGCUUGAAAGCUCCUGAACUGGCCAAGUUGGAGGACAGUUAUCAACGUGACAACGAGCUGGCCACCCUGGUGAUUGGACUGAGUGACAUAACCAUAGUUAACAUGGCCAUGGAGAAUGCCAGCAACAUGCAGAGAGUUCUGCAAAUUACGCUAGAUACACUUCUGAAAAUGAAGAAAAUCAGGCAACAUCCAAACUGCCAAUUUGUGUAUCAGAAAGUCAGUGAUGUGUCCGCACAUGAACAAACCACGGGAGACAGGUAUCCGCUCCGGGAGCCGCUAGAUGAAAUAACCACAGCUGCAGCUUGUACAGAAAAAGGAAUCAGGAAAAUGAAAUUUCCUGGUAUUAUAUUUAAUGAUGCAGAGAAACACAAUUGGUACAUCCCUGACUUGUGGCAUGGUGUCCCUCCCAUGGCUCCAGUGAACCUGGGAUACAGCAAGAGUGUGUUUGAGCUAAAGAAAUACCUGUUUGAAUACAUAAGAAGAUACUCAUCUAAUAAACCCGUUAAGGACAUCCCCCAGUUUAGUGAAUGGGUAAGGAGCUUGUGGAAUGCUAUAAAACAUUCAAAUUCUACCUUCAGCUUGAGAAAUAGCUUUGUGGCUCACACUUAUAACCAGCUGUGCACAAAGUAUUCUGAAUGGGAAUGGGAUUUCCGCAAGGAGAUGCAUCUCUGGGUGUCUGAGCAAGAAACUUUAAUCCAGAAUCAGCCUCAAGCUGAAAUAGAUCAUGUGGCUUUAAGGAGGUUAAAACAUGAAAUUCAGCAGAAACUGCAGCAAGAAGAACGGAGGCUCUUGGCUUGUUUGCAAGAAUACAUUGAAAGUGGAGCUGCAAAUGUGCUUCUGACAGGGAAGUACAAGGAAGAUUUCAUCAGGAGCACCAAUGGCCUGAGGAAAGAACUCAGAAGGUACUGGUUCAGAAAGUGUGAAGAAGCACUUGACAGCCAAAGCAGCCCAGAGAGAUUGAGCCAUCAGAUCCAAGCCAUGAACAUGAAAACAAUGAAAGGGAAGGAGGACGGUCUGUUGGGACACUGCAGGAAAAGAAACCUUUUCUCGGAAAGGGACACCUUUCAAAAGGGGAUCAGGAUAUUCUGUGAGGAGUGUCUGAGGCCUGCGCUGGUGGAUUACGUUAAUAGGAUGCUUGGUAUAAAAAUAGUGGACAAUUUUCGCAGAAGUGCACAGGGGAUUGGAUAUGCCAAUCGGAGCUUCUUCCAGUUUUGGUUGCUGAGCAGACUCUUGGAGGAGAUGAACUUUGAUGGCUAUGUGAAAUAUAUUAAUAACUACGAAGAGUUUGCCAAAACUUGGAUAUGGACACACCUGUUAGAUCACUACAAAGAGACUAGGGGCGUGGAAGAUUUGGAGACAGAGCUUCUGUCCACAGUAAUAAAGAAAAGCAGGGAAGCUCUGGAGAAAUCCAAGACUCAGACUGACUUUUUAGGCAGCUUUUUCAAAUAUUUGCAAAGGGAUCUUGUAAUAUCCAGGGACAGCUUAGGCAGAAUCCAGCUUAUUAACACAAUAAAUACAAACCAGUUUCCCACUGCUGUUCAAGGCUUUCUGCCUGCACUUGAGCAAGCAAUCUUAUCCCAGUUUAAAGACUUGGAUGUUGAGUCUAAGCUCUCCAUCCUGCCUCUGAAGCCCCAGGAGGAGAUCUUUAAGCACGUGUUUGGCUGUGGGAAGUGCUGUCCGUUCUGUAAAGUCCCCUGUGAAGCGGAAGGCACCGAUCACAAAAUUCAUUUUGCAUCAGUCCACCGGCCCCAAGGGUUAAUGAAACCCAGGAGAGUCUUCUUACCCUGUUUGGCACAUGGCCCAAAACUUGACUAUUCUCCGUGCUAUUUUGAAUGGCUUAUCAGGGAUUCCCACGUCCACAUAGGUUACCACCAUUGUUUUUGUGAAGAUAACAAUGCCUUGCGCUGUUGUUCCCCAGCAGAUUCCAGCUACAAAACUUCCAACUAUUGGAAGUUUGUUUUCAAGGAGUUCAGCCAACAGUUUGCUAGAGAGUAUGGUACUAAACCAGCCGAUCUGCCCAGGGACUGGGGUAAUAUAACCCAAGAGCAGGCACUGAAAAGUUUAGAGGAAGCUUUUAAAGGGGCAAUCUCAGUGCCAGGUCAAAACUGGCUCCAGGUUGUACAAAAGAAACCUAAGGUGUUUCCAUGAAACAUAUUAAAUAAAUUUCUAAUGGAAAUAGAAUAGUAAUUAUUCCUGUAGCUCAAGUGGUAGAAGUGCAUGCUGGGAAAUUGGACAUCUGUGGGUCAAACCCCACUUAUUACCUAUAGGGAGGAGUUUUAUGGUUGCAUGUGACAGAAUUGGAUUUCCCAGUUUUACUUUUUAAAUACCGAAAUAUUUAAUUAUUAUUAUUUAUUUAAAUGGAUUGCUGUAGCGCCUAGAAGCCCUAAUCAUGGACCAGGACCCUGAUGUACCAGGCACUGUACAAACAAAAUAAAAGGGCAGGUCCUGUGCCACAAAACUUGAAAAAUUUAAUUCACACAUUGAGAAAAAUCUCUCUUCAACUGGGCGUUAGAGUUAAAAGCUGUUAUAAAAAAGGGUGACCCAGUUGUUAGGGUGCUAACUUGAAAGACUCGGGUUCAAUUCCCUGCUCUACCACAGACUUGUCGUGUGACCUUGGGACAGUCACUUAGCCGACCUGUGCCUCAGUUUCCCCAUCUGUACAAUGGAGAGAAUAGCUCUGCUCUGCCUCACUGCGGGGGGAUGUGGAAACAAAUGCAUGGAGAAUUGUGAGGGGCUCAGAUACUGCAAUAAAGGGGACUUGUCAAUCGAUGAUGCAACAAAACACAGGGUGCUCCGCUUUUCCGCAAUUGCGGGUGCAGAGUUAAGAAUGACUCCCUGCUGCAGCAACUCAACGGCAAGAUGGGGCUAUGGCUGGCCAAAGCUGAUCAGCGGAGCCAGGGAAAGUAUGUAGCACCCUCUCAAGGGACGUAACAGCGAAUCCCACCGAGCACUAUGGUUUUCUGUGGCAGAAUAUCUCAAGAUACUUUGCCUGUGGUGGACUGGCUCUGUACUACGGGGUUGUGUUUAUAGGGCCUGAACCAAAAGUGGUCUGAGCAUUGGCCUGCUAAACCCAGGGUUGUGAGUUCGAUCCUUGAGGGGGCCAUUUAGGGAUCUGGGGCAAAAAUUGGGGAUUGGUCCUGCUUUGAGCAGGGGGUUGGACUAGAUGACCUCCUGAGGUCCCUUCCAACCCUGAUAUUCUAUUAUUCUAUUCUAUGAAAAGGCAUGGACAUUUGAACAUCGCUGGACUUUGGAGCAGGCCUGUAACACACAAUCCAGCCUGGAAUAUGGUGCAGAUUCAGCGAUGCUUUGUCCAGCCAAAUCAAGAACCACAUGUGAUCUAUGUUUCUAUUUUGAUUAUGGGAACAGGGUUUUAGACUGUAAACCCCAUACUGUCUAUAUUCCUUUAAAGAAACUGUAUAUACUUCCUUAAAACAAAAUAAAAAAAAUACUGAUUUUU